AUGCUGUAUCAGUAUAUGAAUCAGAAACAGCGCGAGUUGUAUGAUCAAGUCAAGAAUGCGAGUGAAGGGCUCAGUCUGAGUGGGAAACAGAUUGGCGAUGCUGAAGCGCAGGCGAUUGCUGAGGCACUCAAAGUGAACAAGACACUGCACAAGCUCAAUUUGGACCGCAAUCAGAUUGGCGCUGCUGGAGCACAAGCGAUUGUCCAAGUGAACACGGCGGUGACUAAGCUCAUGCUGAACCAGAAUCGGAUUGGCGGUGCUGGAGCGCACGCCAUUGCUGAGGCACUCAAGGUGAACACGACGCUGACUUGGCUCGAUCUGUGGGUGAAUCAGAUUGGCGAUGCUGGAGCAUGGGCGAUUGCUGAAGCACUCAAGGUGAACACGACGCUGACUUGGCUCGGUCUGCACGCCAAUCAGGUUGGCGAGGCUGGAGCAGGGGCGAUUGCUGAAGCACUUAAGGUGAACACGACGCUGACUUCUCUCGGUCUGAACAAGAAUCAGAUUGGCGAUGUUGGAGCAGGGGCGAUUGCUGAGGCACUCAAAGUGAACAAGACGCUGAUUAGGCUCGGUCUGCACGCCAAUCAGGUUGGCGAGGCUGGAGCAGGGGCGAUUGCUGAAGCACUUAAGGGGAACACGACGCUGACUUCUCUCGGAUUGGAGUUCAAUCAGAUUGGCGAUGCCGGAGCGUGCGCGAUUGCUGCAGCACUCAAAGUGAACAAGACGUUAACUGCUCUCUUUUUGAAUUCGAAUCAGAUUGGCGAUGCUGGAGCGCAGGCGAUUGCUGAUGCACUCAAAGUGAACACGACGAUGACUGGGCUCUAUUUGGAGAGGAAUCAGAUUGGCGGCGCUGGAUCGCAGGCCUUUGCUGAGGCACUCAGAGUGAACAAGACGCUGAUUAAGCUCAGAUUGGAGUUCAAUCAGAUUGGCGAUGCCGGAGCGUGCGCGAUUGCUGAGGCACUCAAAGUGAACAAGACGGUGAUGCUACUCGAUCUGACGUCUAAUUGCAUUGGCAAUCUUGGUUCUCAAGCGAUCGAUGAGGCACGCAAAGGCAACUGCGGAUGUGAGGUUGACCUCCGCGAUCAGAUCAACCCUCUUGCAUUCUCCUUGCUUCCUCGAUUGGCAACUGCUGAAAGUCUUCACAACGUAUUUCACUUGCUGACCAGCGGGCUGGCGCUGGAGGAUCAACCCACAUCUCUACCAGCACUACCAAACGAGAUUGCCGAGCUCAUUAUGGACGAAGCGCACUACUGGCAAGGCGUGCAGCAAACCAAGCGAUCGGAGUUUGAUGAUGAGUUCCCCGCGUAUCUUAUUCUGAAAGUCACACUGCCUCAAUGCGUCAAUGGGAAUUCAAUCCGUAUAAAAGCAAUUCAAGUGCUUCGUGACACGAGAAACCGUUCCGACAGUAUCGAUGGCAGCGGCUUUGAUUUGAUUGUUCGCGAUGAACAAGCUGCUGUUCGAUUUGAAUUCUCAGCAAAACCGACUUUUGUCGAUUCGAGCCUCGACCUUGUGACAAUCCUGCCAGCCAAUCAUCCUGUCAUCCGACAAAUGCGCGCGGGUUGGCAGGUUCAAGUUCGAGCCAGCAAGUCUUCUCGAGAUGUGGUGUUGGAAUCUCUUUAUGUUGGUUAUGUCUAACAAUCAAUGCAUGUCCAUUUCACCACCCUUCGCUUUCACUCACCCACGAUGAGACGCGAAAAUACCGAG